AUGCGGAUACAGCUAGCUUCCAUCAGCGCCAUAGCUUUCGCAGGCGCAGGCGCAGCCCAGGCCGCUGCCGCUCCUCUGGUAUCGGAAGCCGGACAGCGUGCGCCAAUCCCCUCCUGGGACCUGCAGUCAUCGGCCAAAGCCGGCGACGAUCUGUCCAAGAUCUCACAGGCGAGCCAAGACACCUCCUCCUGGCACCACGCCGAUGUCUCUCGCUGCACGGUGAUGGCGUGCCUCAUCAAGGCCGGCGUCUACAACGACAGCGAGCUCUUCUACUCUGACAACCUCGACCGGUUCGACGCGAGCCCGUUCCGCGUCCCCUGGAUAUACCGGAGCGAGUUCGCGCUGCAGAAGGAGCCCGCCCAGGGCCGGCACUUCUUCUUGCACACGCACGGCAUCACCUCGUGCGCGGACGUGUUCCUCAACGGCAAGGAGGUCGCCAACAAGACCGCCCAGGCCGGCGCGUACGGCGGGCACGUGUACGACGUCUCGGAGCUCGUCGUCGCGGACGGCAACGCGCUGGCGGUGAGGGCCUACCCGACCGACUACCAGUACGACUUUGGGGUGGGGUUCGUCGACUGGAACCCGAGCCCGCCGGACAACGGGACGGGGGUCUGGCGCGAGGUGGUACUCCGGCAGACGGGGCCGGUGUCGCUCGGGGACCUGCGCAUCGUGACGGCGCUCCCGGAGCCCGUCGGCAGCUCGGCUUACGUGACGCUCAAAGCUACGGCACGGAACUUGGAAGACCACGAGGUCACGUUCGUCGCGAACGGCGACGUGUCGCUCGCCGACGGCGGAUCCGCCCGCGCGCUGAGCAAUACAUAUACAGUCGGACCCAAGGAGAGCGUCGAGAUCAACUUGACGACAGACUAUGCGAACCCGCCGCUGUGGUGGCCGAAGCCCUGGGGCGAGCCAACUCUGCACAAGGCCCAAGUCACUGUGUCCGUCGAUGGUGCCAUCUCGGACAAGUCGGAAGAGAAGAAGUUUGGUCUCCGGACCGUCUCUUCGGUGCUCAACAAGCACAACGACACGCAAUUCUUCGUCAACGGCCACCCGUUCCAGGUCUUGGGCGGCGGGUACUCCUCGGACAUGUUCCUGCGGUUCGACCCGGACCGAUUCACCACCGAGGUCAAGUACAUGCUCGACAUGGGGCAGAACACCGUCCGCCUGGAAGGCAAGAUGGAGCACCCGGAGCUGUACGAGAUCGCCGACAGCCUCGGCCUGAUGGUUAUCGCGGGUUGGGAGUGCUGCGACAAGUUCGAGGCCUGGAAGUACAACGAGGACCUGCCCGUGAACCCUCCGGCCGUCUGGAGCGACGCCGACUACGACAUCGCCAAGGCGCAGAUGCUCCACGAGGCGGCCAUGAUGCAGAACCACCCCAGCAUGCUGGCCUUCCUCGUAGGGAGCGACUACUGGCCCGACGACAGGGCGACGGCCAUCUACGUCGACGCCGCCAAGGCCGCGGACCUCGACGUCCCCAUCAUCGCCUCGGCCUCGAAGCGCAGCUACCCCAAGGCCCUGGGCCCCUCGGGGAUGAAGAUGGACGGGCCCUACGACUGGGUGCCCCCGAACUACUGGUGGGACACGGAGCCGGCCGACGAGCGCCUCGGCUCCUCCUUCGGCUUCGGCUCUGAGCUGGGCGCCGGCGUGGGCACCCCGGAGCUCAACAGCCUCAAGCGGUUCCUGUCGGCGGCGGACAUGGACGACCUCUGGCGGCGGCCGGACAAGGGCCUGUACCACAUGUCGACCAAGGUCUCGUCCUUCUACGACCGCAAGAUCUACAACGGCGGCCUCUGGAGGCGCUACGGCGCGCCCGCCUCGCUCGAGGACUACCUGCUCAAGGCGCAGAUGGCCGACUACGAGGCCACGCGCGCGCAGUACGAAGGGUACGCGGGCAUGUGGAGCGCCGGCCGGCCGGCCACGGGGCUCAUCUACUGGAUGCUGAGCAACGCGUGGCCCAGCCUGCACUGGAACCAGUACGACUACUACCUGCACGUUGGCGGGUCGUUCUACGGGAGCAAGGUCGGGAGCCGGAUGGAGCACGUCGCGUACGACUAUGUCAGGAAGUCGGUCUGGCUGAUCGACCGGCACAUAUCAAACCCGGACGACACGGCUAGGACCGUCAGCGUCGAGCUCUUGGGCUUGGACGGCAAGGCCAUCUCGACGUCUACGAUAUCCGCCAGGACGGGGCCGAAUGCGAGCAAGAAUAUCGGCGCGGUCAAGGGCGUCGAGUCCAUCAAGGAUGUCGGGCUACUCCGUCUCGUCCUCAGCGAUAGCAAGAACAUCACCAUCAGUCGCAACGUGUACUGGCUGUCAAAGACCAUGGACAAGCUGGACUGGGACGACUCGAGCUGGUACCACACUCCGGUCACUCAGUACGUCGACUUCACGGCGCUCAACAGGAUGAAGACUGCCGAGGUUUCCGUCAGCACGAAGGCCUGUGGCUCGACGGGCAAAGGUCGCGCGGUCGUGCUCGAGAACCAGUCGGACAUUCCGGCCGUGUUUAUCCGAGUCAACCUUGUGACCAAGGGUGGACAGGAUGUCACUCCGGUGUACUGGUCGGACAACUACGUCACGCUGUGGCCGCAUGAAAAGAUGGAGCUCAAGGUCAAGUCGGAAGACCUGACUGGGGCAAUCCAGGUCAGUGGGAAGAAUGUCAAAAAGUUCGAUAUUGAAUUGUAG